GCUAGAUUUUAUAAAACUUUGGAUCCCGUAACCCAGGAGAGAGGAGAGGAGGGGAUUUUACGCAGAGCAGCGAGUCUUGGGAUCCCGCCCAUGGGCUCCUUCUUCAAGCCAUGGGCUUUUACGAAAGGCAAAGCCUCCGAAGGAGCAGCAAGCGAGAAUCAAAAAGCAAAGAGAGAGGAGGGUGAUGAAGCGUAUCUUGAAGAAUUUGGGGUGACCGAGCAGCUGCUUGAUUAUGUCAAGGGGUUCACUAUCAACGCCUUUAAAGAUUACCCACUUCAAGAUGACGAGAAGGGGCAACAGAUUGAUGGGUGUGCUUCGAAUGUCAGCAAAGAUCUCACUGAGUGGCAGGAGCGACAUGCUACGCUUGUUCUCUCUAAAGCCAAGGAAAUUGCGCAACUUAGAUAUGUUCUUUGCCCACGUCAUCUAAAGGAGAGGCAGUUCUGGAGAAUAUACUUCCUACUUGUUAAGACUUACACAUCUCCAUAUGAAAUACGUGCCUUGACAAAAGCCAAGCUUAGAAUGUUGGAGAUACAGAACGAAAAAUCAAUAGAUAAGGCUGCCAUUGAAGUGGAGAUGACUGACACUAAGCUGGGCAGUGAUUCAUCUAUUACUUUGCAAUGCAACUCGGAACAACUUGCAGAUGAAUUAUAAGAGUAGAUGAAGGGAUAGACUGAGCAGGAGGAGCGAGUUGAUUUGGUUUGCCGAGUGACUGAUCUUGAUCCUACAUCAAUUCUUUAAUUUUUGAAGGCUUGUCUUGGUUGCAUCGUCUUAUGAGAAAUGGUUGUAACAUUUAAUAACCAUCUGCUUUCAGUGAUUUGCGCUUUGUUGGCACCAUCAUCUGUUUAUCACUGAUCUUAGUUCCUGUUUCAAUCAGUCAACAAUGCAGUUAGGAGAAUUAAGAAGUACGAAGAGAUUUGGGAGUUGGUUUCUGGUUCUUUGAUUGACUGGAGCGUUUACUUUUCAUACGUAAAUAGUUUGACUUUUAUGUAAAUCAGUUACUAUUUCUCUUUAUUUAAUCAUGUGAUUGAACAUGUGUGGAAGAAUUACCAAUUUUAACCAUUAAUCCCUUAAAGGAAUAGAAGAGCAUUAUUUGUUGAAGUGUUGAACGAGUGAUUUGUUUAUAAGAGCGUGACAUUUUGCAUUCUUGAAAACACAGAUGAAAUGGGGUUUCCUUCUAAAAGAUGUUAUCACCUUCUAUGAGAGCAGUUUCUAUGUUUCAGUUUAAAUAUGAACAUAUAACUAAUGCAUGGUUUAGCAAGCUUGUUGGCUUAAUAGAUAAUGAGACUUUAAUCUCAUUUUAUCUUUUGUUAUUUUCUUCACGUCAGGCCAUCCAGACGAAAGGAGCUGGUUGAUGUUCGAAUUCUGUGUAGAAAGUCACAACUGCUUCAUGUAGUUCAAUUACAAUGUCAUUUUUCCCAUUUGUGUAUUUUAGCAACUUUUUUUUCCGGCAAAAUUUCAGGGUGAAUAGCAAAUUAGUAUGAACUACAAACUGUAGAUAAAAUUACAGUAAACACUAACAUGACAAAGUUUAAAGUAAUUUAAUUUGGGCAUCAUGUCAAUUUCUCCUCUCGUGCAUGCUGAUGUCAUUCUUAUCUUUUCUAUUUGAAGUCUCUGAAUUCUGAAAACAU